UGUUAUCAAACCUCUUUGUAUUUACUUCGACGGAAGAGGCAGUUGAACGCCAGUCUGAUAGCGGUAGUGACCAGAGAGUGACGUGUCUGUACGUUUGUGUAAAUACAAGUGAUCACCUCGUGAUAUCUCGUGAAAUUUAAAUAAACCUUGGAGUAAGGUAAACAAUAAUGCCUGACAAAGAAUCGGAACUGAUUGAAAAGUGUGAGACCGGCAACGGCAUGGCGAAGGCGUGCGGAAGCGCCGUUAAACUGAAACGAGAGUUAGGGCUCUUCUCAGCCGUGAACUUGAUACUUGGUGUUAUGAUCGGAUCUGGUAUCUUCGUAUCACCGUCCUCCGCCCUCGAACACUCUGGAUCCGUAGCACUUUGCCUGAUUAUAUGGACGGUUUCUGGAAUAAUAUCCUUAUUAGGAGCACUAUCAUUCGCUGAACUAGGAACCGUAGUCGGCAAAUCCGGGGCAGAAUACUCAUAUUUUCAAGAAGCAUUUGGAAACACACACAAAUUUUGGGGGCCGUUGCCUUCAUUUAUAUGUGCUUGGAUAUACGUUGUUAUAUUAAGACCUGCAGAAGUCGCCAUAAUAGUUAUGACUUUUGCUGAAUACGCAAUUCAGCCUUUUACACCACAUAUACAACAAGAUAAUAAAGAAAUAGCAAUAAAGCUUGCGUCUAUAUCAGCAUUAUUUGUAAUGACCUACAUCAACAUAACAAGUGUGAAGUUAUUUGUAAAAGUACAAAACAUAUUCGGAGUUUGCAAAGUGUUUGCAUGUCUCAUCGUUAUUGGAGGUGGCAUUUAUGAAAUCUAUAAAGGUAACACAGAACACUUAAACAAAGGUUUUGAAGGCAGCACCACAAGCCCUGGUGGCAUAGCCCUCGCAUUGUACUCCGGUUUGUGGGCCUAUGAUGGAUGGAACAGUGUUACUGUCGUCACUGAGGAGAUUAUUAACCCUGGAGUCAACGUCCCCUUAAGUAUAUCAAUAGCAGUUCCCCUAAUAACGGCUCUGUACGUCUUCAUGAACGUAGCGUAUAUGACGGUGCUAAGCUAUGCGGACAUGACAUCAGUGCCGGCGGUAGCUGUGGCCUUCGGAGCCAGGGUGCUAGGCCCGGCCAGCUUUCUCAUACCGCUGGGAGUCGCUAUAGCUACCUUUGGAUGCGCUAUGAGUGUGCAGUUUGGUGUUACUAGAGUAUGCUACACAGCCGCUCGUGGUGGUCAUAUGUUAGAAGUAUUCUCAUACGUUAAUGUUAAGCGGUUAACGCCCGCCCCAGCUGUGGCCUUCCAAGCAAUACUAACAUCAGUAUUCAUACUAGUUGGCAACAUCAAAACCUUAAUAGAGUUCGCCAGUUGGUUCCUAUGGUUCUUCUACGGUCUAGCCAUGGUCGCUUUACUAGUUCUAAGAAAAACACAACCAAAGAAACAUCGCCCAUACCGGGUCCCAACAAUAGUCCCGUGCUUUGUGUUGUUAGUAGCGAUAUUUUUAUCGAUACUGCCAAUCGUACACGACCCAUCCCUUAAAUAUUUGAUGGCUGUGGGCUUCAUACUGAUGGGCGCGACGGUGUACACUGUAUUUGUAUAUUAUAAGAAAACUCCGACUGCUAUUUUAAGAAAAUUCACAUUCCUCACUCAAGUCCUGUUCGAAAGUGUGCCGCCAAGCGAUCGUCAAGACUGAUUUUAUAUUACUGUAAUAAUAAAGUUAUAUCUGUAAAUAUAGUACAAAAGUAUACAAUAAUAAAUAUUUAGAGAUAAGUUCAAAA